AUGAGGUCUGAAAAGGAUCAAAUGACCGUGGGCAAGGAGAAAAGCGUCGUCGAAAUACAGUUUAGAGACCUCCAGAGAGACCAGGAAAACAUCCCCGGUAACCCCAAGCAGAAGGAGGAGAAGAAAGAGGUUUUCACGAAGGUAUGUAGCUGAAUGUUUGGGAUGUGUCGCAUUGUUUACGCCGUGUGGAAAACGGACAUGGAGGCAUGGAGGGAGGCGGGGACAUUUCAGCACCGCGGACAGCGACGGGCAGCGCGAGGAAACAUCCACCACAACAGCACAGCAGCACACCUUUCUGUCAUCUCAACCUGCUACAAGAUUAUAUUUGUCAUUUACAACAAGAUUGAUUAGAUAUAAUGACAACAUUAUUGGUGGUUACACUGUCGUUUGUCUGCUAUUGUUAAAAUUAGUGUAGUAAACACAUUUUUUGUUGUGUUUUUCUGUUAUUUCUGUGUUAUAAAACAGCAUUUAAGUUCUUUUAUUCCAGUGUUUAGCUUACAGGACCUCAUCAAUGGAUUAUUUAUUAAAAAUGAUAUUUUUAUAGAUGCCUCUAUGUCCUUGCUACAGGUGGUGAUUCGAAGGCUUCCACCUAACCUCUCCAAAGACCAGCUGGAGGAACAGCUCAGUCCUCUUCCAUCUUAUGACUAUUUUGAGUUCUUUCCAGCUGAUCAAAGGUAAACACGAUGACAGUUUUGAUCGAUCAAUACAAAAGAAAAUCUCUUUCUUCUUUUCUCUAACCUGUUUCUCUUUCUUCUCGCUCCUAAACAGUCUCUAUCCCCACUUGUUCUCCAGAGCUUACAUCAAUUUUAAAAACCCUGAGGACAUCCUGCUGUUUAGAGACAGAUUUGAUGGUUAUGUCUUCAUCGACAAUAAGGGUAUGUCUUUUAAGGCUCAGUUUGACUUUGUUUGCAGGCACAGUCUGCUUUAUUAAAUACAAACAAAAGAAAGUUUGUUUAACCUUCCUCCCGUGUUAGCUUUCUCUACACACCCACCAUGUUCAACCCGUGUCUUAAAUCAUCUGUAUAUUACACUAAAAAAAUUUCUCUAUCAUCCAGUUUGGUUUGCAUCUCUAAGUUACCUUGUUAGGCUUCAUUAUCCAUGAAAAUAUUGCUUGUAUUAUUUUUUGUUGUGGUCCUCUGGGCCUUUCUUUGUCGGUGUACCCCUCACACAGACUUCUAUACUAAAUUGAUCUCACAUGUCUGGACAUGCCUGACGUUUUUUGUGCAGGGAAAACCAUGGCAAAAUGAGAAUUUCCUAAAUCUCACAUGAUUGGAAGAGGAUCUGACUGUCAGUGUGGUGCCUGUCAGUGCAAUUAUGAUUUCAUUUUUUGCUCUAAUUAUUAGAUAGUGAUCUAACCGGGUCAACAGCAACCCUAACACCACAAGUGUCAGAAUUUUAAUAAAAGCCUUUUAUAAUUUAGUCAAUUAAAUUUUUUUAUUUUGUUGAAAUAGAGGUUCCUGACGAAGUCAAAAAGUCUUGAUGCAAAAAAGCUAAUUUAAGUGGUUCUUUUAAUAAUAAUGAUAAUGCAUCAGAUUUUUUAUAGCGCUUUAUCAGAGACCCUCAAAGCGCUUUACAUUGGAUACAUCAUUCAUUCACCCACACAGUCACACCUCGGUGGUGGUAAACAACCUUAGUAGUCACAGCUGCCCUGGGGCAGACUGACGGAAACGUGGCUGCCAGUUUGGGGCUACGGCCUCUCCGACCACAACCACACAACACUCACUAUCAUACACCAGUGGAGGACACACCCUGGGAGCAAGGUGGAUUAAGUUUCUUGCCCAAGGACACAACGGACAGACAAGGGAUAGGACGGGGCUCGAACCGCCAACCUUUCAGUUAUUGGCCGACCGCUCUACCUCCUGAGCUACUGCUCUACUGCUCUACCUCCUGAGCUACUGCAUUUAAAAACAAAAACGGGUCGGUGCAGACCCUAACACAGGAGGAGGGUUAACAUCUAUAUGUGGGAUUUUAUGGACAGAGGGGUGGCUUUGAAACUUAUUUGCUAUAGUGACUGUUUGUAAGCUGUUCUGUAAAAUUAUAAGCAGCUUUUAUUCCAAUAUUUACUCAGGUCAAGAGUACCCUGCUGUGGUAGAGUUUGCCCCCUUUCAGAAGAUCUCCAAGAAGAAGCUGAAGAAGAAAGAUGCAAAAGCAGGGAGCAUCGAAGAAGGUACUGAGAUCGAAGACCAAGUUCUGAUAUACACUACAAAACACAAUUUUACCUGCCAAUAUAUCAUUUCUUAGUAUAUUCAAAUGAACAGUAUCACAAGUGUAUGCCAAAUUGAUCAUCUUAAUCUCCUUCAGACCCAGAAUACAGGAGGUUCCUGGAGAAUUACUCCUGUGAUGAGGAGAAGUCGAUGGCAAACCCUGAGACUCUGCUGGGAGAGAUUGAGGCCAAGACCAGAGAGCUGAUAGGUAAUAUGACAUCUAUAAAAUUACUUUUUUUCCCACUUAUGAAUCAUUGUGAUGAGAUUUAAGAUUCUUUUGUCUUCUCUACUUGUGAUUGUAGCCAAACGGACAACACCGCUUUUAGAGUACAUCAAAAACAAGAAAAUAGAGAAACAGGUAAAACAGCCAUGAUGCCUCAGUUGAAGUAAAAUAUUCAAACAAUUACUUCGUCUCAUGUGCUGAAUAUGUCUUCACAGAGAAUCAGAGAGGAGAAGAGGGAGGAGCGAAGACGAAGGGAGCUUGAGAAGAAACGACAGAGAGAGGAGGAGAAAAGAAAGCGGCGAGAAGAGGAGAGGCGCAAACGGAAAGAGGCGGAAAAGCAGAAGAAAUUAUCUGAGAAAGAUAUCAAGAUAAAGGUUGAUCUUUAAUUGUGAAAACAAGCUUCAUAUUAGAUGGUUUAUUCUUCUUUCAGGGAUGAUGUCUCAGAAUGAUCAAGUGUUUACGUCUCAUGGUUUAUGUGUGCUGUAGCUCCUGAAGAAGAGCGACAGGGAUGAUGACGUGGAUUCAGACCGAAUAAAGGACAAAAGUGACAUUGGGGAGUCGGACAGAGGAAAAUGGGAGAAAAGUGGUGGUCAGAUGAAGUCAAAGGAUCUCAAAGAGAAGUAAGAAACGGGAAAUUCCUUCACUUUUUAAGGGGGUGUGGUCAAGAUUUCUGGUAACAUGAACAAGUCACUUUUAAAUUUAUUAUGUAAGUUAUUUGGAAAGCUGUCAAGCCUCUUUGAAACGCAAAAUGAUCACAGUUAUAAUUGUAGCUUACAUGUAAAGAAUUUAACAAACCUGCAAUUCAGCUUGUAAAAUGAAAAAUUUUUAGCCAGACUCAUUGACAUUUUCAUGUCAAUGACUGGGUUUAAAUACAUGCAGGCAAAGGACUGGCUGUAAAACACACAACUACAAAACAUUCACAUUUAAAUUAAUUUCUAAUAUGAUUGUAGUUCCAUGAUUUAAGAGACUAAAAAUUGUAUAUUUAAGUAUAAAAUGCCAACAAGAAUUCUGAUAAUAUAAUAUAAUAUGAUAUAAUAUAAUAAUACAAACAAUGGUGGGUCUUGUGUCUCUGCAUCCUCCACUCUCACCACUAGAGGGCAGCCAGAGAGCGACAAGGAGCAGAGAGAGCAGCACAGCCGCAGACAGAGGGACAAGGAUCACCGUGGGAAGGACGAGGAGAGGAAACGACAGCGACACCACUAUGAGUUUGACAAGUUCAUGCGCCGCAAAGAUGAAACCAAAUGGGGGAAGGGCUACUGCCAGGACCGGGCCAAGAAAGAGGGACACCAUCACGGAUACUCGUAUUGUCCUGACAACGGGGACAAACUUGGGAAGGAGGACAGGGAUGACCUGGGUAACAGGAAGGAACGCCUCCGAAACAAGGUGAGCGAGAAGGUGAGCAUGAGAGGGGGGAAGGUGGUGACUAAUUAUUUCUCUUCUGAUGUGUAUACUGUGAUGUUUAUCCAUUUCCUGUGGUUUCACACUUGAUGAUUAACGGGUUGAAGUCAUUAUUUUUUCUUUUAUCAUGAGUGUGUCUGUGUCAGAGCAAGAGUUUUUUUGAAGUCACAAAUAGAGAUAUUCCUGCAAAUGAUUCAGCAUGCAUCUAUAGUUAAAACACUUGUGUAUGUACAGAAACCACUACAUAAAUUAGUAGAGAACAAGUUUUAUGAGGGCAGCUAACUUGCAGGCUGUAAGCAUAUUUUGAACAUUAAGUUAUUUCGUAAAUAUCAUUUCAACAUGACAUUUACUUUCACAAGCAAGUAAUUUCCCAACAGAGGCGCAGGGUUUGGGCUGUGUUUCUGCCAGUAUCCUCCAGGUGCUGCUCUUUUCCAACUUUUAUUUCUACUUCGACUUUGUCAAAGAUGGACACAAAACAACAAGGAUAGGGUCUCAGUUAAGUCUAGUAUGAUCGAAUUGUUUACGAACUGUGUGCUUAAGUGCAUUUCAGUCGUGAUAAAUACACAUUAUUUUAAGCGAAACAAGCUAAAUGUCACUGACUUAAAAAUCUUGAUAUCACAUGAUGGUAGUAGCCAAACAAAAAAGGUCAAUUUGCUUAGUCUUAAUGAUACAGAUUCACAAAUCUGAAACAGAUCUAUGACACCUACACCAUGUUAUUUUGUGGUAGCUUUAAAUUGUAGUGUUGAGUGAGAGUCACUUCUGGCGCUUCAGUGAAAGUUGACACAGGAUGUUGGGUGUGACUUAACAGCUUCUAACCAACACAUUUCCUUCACCUGCAAGCCCUGUCUGUGUUCAUCACAAACAAACUAAAGGCCUCUGUGUCUCAUAAAAGAAAAUUCAAUGUACAUAAAUUGAUAACUAUGUCUAAGCUUUGUGCUGCCUGUCUCUCCCAUGUCCCUGUUCUCUUGUCACCCUGCAGGACCGUCCAGCCAUGCAACUCUACCAGCCGGGUGCUCGCAACAGAAAGCGCAUGAGCUCAGCAGGAAAAGGCUAUGACUGCAUUCCUGUGAGCCACUCGCCUGAACCAGGAGCCGAGCAUUGUUAUGAUGUAGUUGCUAUGGCGACGGGAUUGGAAAAAGGGUUCGAGAAAAGGAAAGAUGAACAGUAAGUAGCCCAGACACUGAGGCAAUUUGAAGAUACAUCAUUGAUGUAUGUAAUGGCAGGAGAGCUUUUAGAAACAAACCUCACCUGAGGGAGGAAAACAGUUGUGAAGUCUUUUCAAGGGUUUUGGGUGCAGUGAAACUCAAAACUCAGUUUGUUUCACCAGCAGCUAAAAACUCUUUACAGGAGCUUCAAAGGUUUCUUUUGCAGGAGCAUGAAUAUUACACACAAUAGAAAUUUUAAAUGUGAGUCUGUUUAGCAUUUGAAAUAAUCCCAGGUAUCUGUCGUACAAUGCUGCGUUGAGUUACCUCGGAAGUCAGAUGUUCGAGCUGAAAAUAACGUUACACCCAAGUUCUCAGCCUUUCAGUUACCAAGUCAGAAAAAAGCAAACUCAGAGGCCUGAAACAAGAUGGCUACAUCUAGGAAGGUCAUUUAAGCACUUGCCUUAUAUUCGGACACGAUAAGCACUAAAAUAACGUUGAACAAUGUAGCCAUCUUGUUUCCGCCUGGUAACUCGGGUGUGACAUCAUUUUCAGUUCGGGCAUUCCGACUUCCGAGGUAACUCGAACGCAGCAUGAAUCCUUGAAAUCAACCAACAAAGUAGUUACCAUGGUGACAGCACAACUGCAUUUCUUACAGUACAAUUUGGUAUUUGAUUUUGAUCUGUUUUGAUGAAAAAGUCCUUUUUUUUUUCUCCUUAAAUUUAUCCUGUAAUUUCGUUUUGGAUUCCAUCAAACCUGUUUCAUCUUUGGGUCAUGAUGUUUAUGAAUUCUCCUUCCAAUUAGAGGAAGCUUGGUUUGAAAUCCAUCAAAAGAUCCUUGUGGACUCUACUGAACUCAGUGUUUGUGAUAAUUGAAUAGAUUUUAUUCAGAUUUAAAUAUAUAUCGUAAGUAUAACUUACAAAAACAUGAAAGUAGAAGAUGUAAUAGAUGAAAUUGUGUUUGUAUUUUUGUGCAUAAAAAUGAGAGAAUGAGCAGGGUUACAAAUAGUUGACAGAGCAAACAACUUUGAUGCCACUUUGUACAUUUGGUCCACCUUACUUUAAAGAGUCAUGACAGAGAUAUUCACUUUGUGCAUGAUCAACCAAGAGCCAAGAAGAACACAUUCUCUACAUUUCUAUAAAGCAUUUCUUAAAAAGAGUUGUCAAAUAAUGGCACUAAUGUAUCACAAUCAGCCAUUUUCUAUGCUUCCUGCAUGGUAAUCAAGUGACUCUGCCAACUAAAAGUUACAGAUAUUUAUAAAGUAACAUUGUCUCUUUAUCAAGCCUUAUAUGUUAUUUUUGCACACGACCUAACAUUUGUCUGUCACUCCUCUUGUAUCCUUUAUUUCUUCAAAUUGUAAGAAAAUAAAGCUUUCCUUGUGUUAUGCGUGAUAAAUUAGUGUUUCCGUUUUUCUCUGACAGUUUGGGUGAGGCUGCAGCCCUGCCUUUGGUACGCAUGAUAAAGCAGCAAGUGUGAGUCAAUUACAAAGAGCAAUGAAUGAAUGAAUGGAUGCACAUUAAAGUAAGUUUGGACACAGUUAGUUUUUUCAAUUUCAAUAUGAAACCCAACCCUUUUCUUUUUAUGAAUGUUCACUGAAUGCUCAGAGAUACCAGACAAAUAUGCAAUCUGCUCUCUCAGUCUUUUCUUGGGCAGCUAUUAAAAGAAGAUCAGUGAUAGUUAAGGUCACACUAUAACCCAGAUAAAGCAGAACUAUCAGAUCAACAGGAAACCAGCAGCACAGCACAUGUGAAUCUUGUGAGCGAUGAGUUCAAAUCUGGCGUUCUCACUUCACUUCACAACAUCCCUUUUAAGCAGACACGUGUGUCUGUGUAAAAGUGUUAUACAGUAUGCUGUGUGGGUAACAGGAGAUGCAAAUUCACCCCUCAUUGAAAUUUUUGGACAUAUUUUUCUUUAAACCGCAAACCACAAUGGAAAUACUCUGGUUUAUCUGUUGCGUAGUGAUAUACAAAUACAGUUCUCUAAAAUAAAAAUACAUGUUGAGCAAACUGACCUGAACUUUAGGAGCUAAUUUCUGAUGUGCUUGAUUUUGAAGUCACAUUUCUCAGAGAGCUAAUCAAUGAUCAGGAGAUGAUUUGGGCUGUUGUUUCUGCUCAUAAUUCAACAUAAUUUGUACUUUAAAAUCCCAAAUGAAGACAAGCCUGAGCACUUUUUGUCAUGUACAGAAACUUGGUAUAACUUUGUGACAUCUCUCCCUCUCUCCUUCUCUCUGCCAUGGUCUUUGUUGCAGUUUCAUGACACUUGUGUGAGUCAGUGAAAGUCGCAUCUUUUGAGGUAUUAGGAAACUCCAAACACGUAACACACAAAGUUAUUUUAAACUUCAUAUUUCGGGUUUGCUUAAAAAACUUUAUGUAAAUCUGAGUCCUCCCAGAGAAUUGAGGUGUAAUUCAGAAGUAAAUUCCACAUGAGGAAUAAGGCAAUCAUGCUAGUAUUCAAAACAGCUUAAUGUGUGUUUUCUGUGCUCUGACCACGUGGAGCGUAUUGGACGUUUGUGUCUUAAAAAGUGAUUCACCGGACUCUUCUGAUGGGUGAAGUCCCAAGAGUUGGUAUAGGAUGAAAGUUGUCACGUGAUCUGUUUCCUUUCUUUGGCACUGUAAUCAGCUCCAACCUCAUUUCCUCUGCAGUCACAAUAUCUGAACCUUCAUCUGUAACAGACACUCACAUGCCUACCUGUCAUCCGCCUCGUCUGCCUCCGCUUUCAAAAAGGUGAGCCCAACUUUUGCUGAGAUUUAUCAGAGGAAGUGCCAACCAGCGAACAAUACUUGCGCUUACAUUUUUAAUAUUAACAUGAAAUACAACCACACCACGUGGCAGGUACUUUAUUUUUUCAUUGUUUUCUUAUAUUUAGACAUUUUUAAACUCUAAGUGAAUGUAGAUAUAUGUAAAGAAGUUUAAUCUGUGAUUUUGUGUCUGUAUUUAGUUUAAAAAGUGAGUUAAUUAUUAACCCUGUAUGGUUUUUUCUUAAAAUGUUUUGAAGAUAAUGUUUUUUAUCUGCUUUCAAAUCUAUUUAUACCAACAUCACACAGCGCGAAUAAGAAAUAACAUCCCCACUGGUUCUUUUUACUACAUGUUAACUUUUAUAGUUCAAGAGUACUUAUUAUUGCCUCACAUUACUUUUUUUUCCCCAUAACUGUCCUUUUGUCAGCAAUGGGGUACUUUCCGUUGCACAACCUCAAACUGAAAUUGCAGUUCUCGAUAACGAGUGUCAGUUGGUUUCACCUCUGUUUUAUACAUUGGUGAUCCCCUCACUCUUACAUCACUUUAACACAACAUUACUGAGAAAGCACCUCUCAUACCAACAUGCAGCCCAAAGUGCACAAAAUAGGAACAAACCCUCUGAAAAUAAAAACAUAAAUUGAUGACAAGAGUUACUGUUUUAAGGAAUUAUAAUGCACUAUUGAAGUCUGAAGAAGUGACAGUAAAUUUAGAUGAGACAAAACAGAAACCAGAGGUUAAACUUCUGUAAAAGCACCAACAAAUACUCUCUGAUGUUACAAUUCCUUAAAAUUAAAAGCCAAAAGCCAGAAGAGCAGAAAAUUAGAGUGGUAACUGGAAAAAGGUUUAAAAUACUUUAAGAAAGUUUUCCUUAAGGGCAUUUUGAGUGUUUUCUCCUCACUGUUCAAUUACUAUCUCCUAUCAGACAGUACAGACUAAAAACGUUGAUCUUUUUUUCAAAGACAAUUAGCUUCCGUUCUUUAUCUGCUCCCCAAACCCUCUGACAUGUGACAAAAGCGCACAAGCCGUAGACAGUGACAGUUGGCACAUACCGCAAAUCAAGCGUGUCCUUUUCCUGUGUGAAAACAUCACCCAACAUGUGCUUGUCGCACGCAAACAACAACAUGGAGCAAAGUAAAGAGAGGCGUCUGGUCUGACGACCACAGUAUCUAUUUCACACCUCUUGUAAUGCUAUUAUGAGAACACUACAUGACUGUUCAUCUCUUGCAUGAAUGUCAAAUCACUGAGUAUUUUUAAACCAGCUUUUUAAAAGAAAAAACAUUUUAUUACAACCACAAUGAGACUUUUUUAAACCCCUGUUGCACAGGUGAUGAGAAGCCAUUCUCAUCCAGUCAUGACGGUCAACUCCAGCACCAGCCCAAUCGACAACGCCACCCUGGCCCUGUUUCAGAGUGCGAACGUCAGCCUUGCCAUCUCUGUCAUCUACAUGUUCAUCACUCUGUUCAGCCUGCUGGGAAAUGGCCUUUCCAUGUGGAUCCUUAUCUUCCGCACCUCCCCCAAGACUCCCUCCAUCAUCCUUAUGAUACAUCUUACCCUCACAGACCUGGCCCUCGGCACUGCGCUGCCCUUUCAGAUUGCCUACCAGCUCCAGGGAUACCACUGGAAUAUGGGACCCAGUCUGUGCAGGUAUUAUUAUAGUUGUGGGACAACUAGAUAAACAGUAAACAUCAUAUUUUUAUUCCCAGGAAAGUCAAAACAUGAGUGUUUUUCCAUUGACAUAUCAAACUGAUGCACACACACAAAAAAAAGCACCUCCCUUAAAAUCAGAUUGACCACCCCCAUAAUCCUAAUGUAUGAUUGGCUAUUUGCCUUAUUGGAGGUGUUUCAACAGGCUGCUGGUAGCCUUAUUUUUUAUUUCCUUUUGUUCACAUCAUAAAUCCUAGCUUUGGACAUUAAUCUUCUGUUUGAGUUCAAAGAGGCCAGCAGGUUCUCUAUGUUGCAAUCCUGUUCAGUCAAUUUUUUAAACUAUGAAAAAAAAUGUAGUCGUAUAACAUCCAGUUCAGUGUUUUGAUAAAGAAACACUGUCUAUUCAUAUGGAUGCUACGGCUUAGUGCCACCCUUUGAGUUGUCAAGCCCCUCGUUUCCCAACUGGUCCUUUGACCCUUUCAGAGCCUAUACUGUAAUCCAUUUAGUGUUUGCUUCAUGUCUGUUUUCUUCAGUUUGGUUGAUGUCUCUUUCAUUCUGACUUUUGUUUUUGCAUCCUUUGCUGCUUCUAUUCUUUUGUCUUUCUCUCUUCUUCUUUACUUCGUCUUUUUCAGGUCAGCUAUUAACAAUAAAUAUUAAGUUUUGUGCCCCUUCAGUCAAAAUUAGAAUACCCUCUAUGUCAUUAAGAACAGAAACUUCCACCAUGCUUCAGGCAAAGGUGAAAUGUCUUGGACUCCUUUCUGCAGAUUCAUUUAAUGCAAUCUGUGCUAUCAAGCUGUUGAGAAUUAAUCACUAUUGACCCAUCAGAACUUUGUAUUUCUCACAGUUGGGUAGACUUACCACUUUUUACUGAUCUAUUAUUUUCUGCUUCUGUUGUGAAAAGGUAAUAGACUGAAACUGAAAUAAAACUGUCUUCUUGUUUGUAUCCACCUGUAGUGUCCUGACCCUGGUCUUCUACACCAACAUGUACUGCUCCAUCCUGACCAUGAUGGCCAUCGGCAUUGACCGCUACCUGGGCAUCGUCCGGCCCAUGCUGUUCAGGCAGAUCAGGGGGAGGAAGGCCAUCGCUGUCUUAAGCUGCAUCCUCAUGUGGGCUAUUGUCUUGAGUGUCUUGCACCCGCUGAUGACCACAGACCUGACCUUUGAUAUCCCUGAACUCGGGAUAACCACAUGCUUUGACAUGCUGAAGAGGAAGAUGCUCCCUACCAAGGCAGCCUGGGCAGCCUUCAUCUUCAGCAUGGUGGUUUUCCUCUUUUUCUUGCCCUUCUGUGUUACGGCAUUUUGCUACAUCAGGGUGAUAGUCAAAUUGGCCAGCGAUUGCAAAACAGUUCAGAAAAAGAGAGCUAUAAAUUUGGCUGUGGUAGUGAUCCUGGUCUUUACUUUGUGCUUUGCUCCCAACAACAUCCUGUUGUUUGCUCACGGAGUCAUGAGGCUCUUCUAUGGUCAGUCCCUUUACAUGUACUACAAACUAACCCUCUGUUUUAGCUGCAUCAAUAGCUGCCUCGAUCCCUUCAUUUACUACUUUGCUUCUAAGGAUUUCAGGCAAAAGCUGAGACGCAUAAUGAAGCUGAAGAGCCAGAGCAGUGCAGACUCGAUGAGGACUGAUCGUAAAGACAGUAUGCACUCAGCACAUUUCACCUUUGAUGGCCACGAUAAAGACCUCACCAAAUUAUCGCUGGUAGCACAGAACAGCAAUUAA